AUGGAGGAAAGUUGUAACUCGACGGUACAGGUGCUUCGCGAAUCCUCAGCGGAUAAGGAAAACUUGUCAUCGUUCGAGCCUCCAACUAAAAAAAUUAAAUUAACAGAUGCUUUCUCGGAAGGGAAGUCAAAACUUGAGGAUCGUUUAAGCGGUAUACUUUGCUGUGCAGUAUGUUUAGACCUUCCGAAUUGUUGCUAUCAGUGCAGCAAUGGACAUCUAAUGUGUGCCGGCUGUUUCAAUCACCUGCUAGCAGACGCACGCAUUAAAGAUGAAACAGCAACUUGUCCAAACUGCCGAACUGAAAUCAACAGGACAAUCUGCAUUCGCAACCUCGCUGUGGAGAAAGCAGUAUCAGAACUUCCAUCUGACUGCGCCUUCUGUAACCAGAACCUGCCACGCUACCAGCUGGACUAUCAUCAGAAGGAGCAGUGUCAGGAGAGGCCCUGCUCAUGCAGAUAUGCUCGCAUCGGCUGCCACUGGGAGGGUCCCUUUCAUGAAGUGGCAGAGCAUGAAAGGAACUGUAUUCAUCCCAGGAAAACUGGAGAGGAGGUGAUGAGCUCCCUUGAGGUCAUUGAUGUUCAGAAGCAGGAGGAACAGAAGCUCUACAGCGAUAUCUUUGCUCUGUUGUCAUUUGAGAAGAUUACAUUCAAUGACCUGCAGUUGAAGCCAUUCCGUACAGAUGACUUUAUCACACGGCUGUACUACGAAACAACUCGUUUCACUGCCUUCAGUCAGCAGUGGGUCGUCCGUGCAAACAUCAAUUCUGACCUGAAAAAUCCAACCCACACAGUGAACAGAUCUCUGUCUUAUCAGUUAGUUGUGAAGACAAAGCUAACUGCCCCUAUGAAUAUGUACUUUCUUGCCUUGAGUGGACCAUUCGGAGGCAUCAAGAUGAAGUCUAAAAUCUACAGCUUUGAGUUCACUGCUGAGAAUGCUGAGACCGGCUAUGUGGACCUUCCCAUAGAUUCAGUGGAGUGCAACAAGUUGUUGGCUUCAAAAACAAUUAACUUUAGACUUGUCAUGUUCCAAGUUACAAAAUAA